UUGUGUUUAGAAUUGUAUAAUGUGAAAUACUUUAUUGAUAACUUUGGAUUUAUCAAGGUUUUUAUAGGUAGAUUUCGAAUGGGCGGUGAAACUAAAUCGUUUCACUUUAAAUUUGCUUGGACUUUGGCCUGAAAACGUACAAAAUCCUUGGCGAAAGUUGAUGUGCAAUUUUCGAGUGUUAGUAACAUUUUUGGGAUUAAUCGGCGUUUUGACUCCCUCUAUGCAUUCUCUGAUAAAAAUUUUUGGAGACAAUUUGUUAAUGUUGGAUAAUUUACAAUUUACUUUACCGAUCUUGAGCAGCUUGAUUCAAAUUAUAAUUUUUUGGUGGAAGAAAGAAGGUAUCACUUUUUUUAUACAUAGCAAUUGUACCAAUUAUAAACAUGAUCGCAAAGGAUUGGUUAAAGUUAAAGAGCGAUCAAGACAGAAGUAUGAUGAUCCGAAGAGCGCAGAUUGCACAUACAAUUUUUAUUUACUCUUACUCCUUCAUGGUAUUCCCGUGUUUCUUCAUCGCAGUACUGCCGGCUUUUGGAAUAUCAAUGAGACUGACUCCCAACAUUACGGAUCCAGGAAGACCAAUGCCUUUACAAACUCAUUAUAUUUAUGAUAUAACAAAAAGCCCGCAAUAUGAACUGACAUUUGUUAGUCAAA